AGGCUUCCAGAAGUUUCCCACAACCCUAAUGUCUAACACAUCAAGCCAGUAGCUGGUCUAUAUUCACCACUCAGGUCUGAAACUACAAAUUUUGCCACUUGGAAACUGGAAAAGGUACACCUGAAACUAUGGCUGAAGGUAAGACUGUAAAUCUGGCUGAUAGUUCAAAAACAGCUUUGAUCCUCUGGUCUGGUAACUUUUGGUGUGACUCUGGGGAGAACAUGGUGGGAAAUAGAAAAAAAAAAUGUAGGCAAUGAUUAUGAUGUCAGUGACUUGCUGUGUGUUUUUUUGUGUGUCAAUGGUAUCUCUGUCACAGCAAUACCACUGCGAGAAAAGAAGCAGAGAACUCUUCCACGCUCUGAUGGGUGUGGUCUUCAUAACUUUGACGGUAUGUUCAUUCAUUGUCCCUCGCUGGAAAAUCCUGUUUAGUUAGACUCAUAAUAGUCUUACUAAUAAUUAACUCAUAAUACCUUGAUAUAUUUGACCUAUGAAUGUAUGAUUUAUUGUUGCUUACUUGGUUUCCAGGAUGUGAAAAAGUCUCUGGUACUUUUCCUUUUUGGUAAUAUAAGUCCAGUUUUCGUAGCAGCUCGACAUAUAAUAUGUGCUUGGGGAAUUUAAUAAAUGGCUUCGGAUCCUAAUUAGAAUAGUUCUUAAACCACACUAAAUAAAAAACAACAAUUGUAAAUGUAACUGUAAGUAACACAUGCUCUAAAAACAUUGUAAUUGCAGUUUCACCUCAGGCAGAGAAGAGGUGAAAAGUCAUCUUGAGAAAUUUUGUACAAGUGAAAACGUAUCACCACUCAAAGUUUCUCUCCAGGAGAAAGUUACGUCACACCUCAAGGUUUACUACUCUACGUAGAUACUUGAAAAGCUUUUCUUUUAUAAUCAUUAAUCAGGGGGAAAAAAAAGUUGUUUAUUAAACAUGUGACUUAAAAUACGCUGAUUGUGAAACAGAAAGUUUUCAGUGUUUUUUGUGUUGCUCACUGCUCAUGUUCAUUCGAGUUCCUCUGCCUGACCCCACCCGCCUGGUCACAUAAAGUCAGGCCAUAUACUUUUAGUACUGUGUGAUGAACCGUUUGAACUUUAACUUUCACUUCUGAAAAUCUGUCAUGGACGGAUUGGUGGCAGAUAUUAGUUAAUAUUUGAAAUGUCAGUAAGUUAUGGAGUGUAUGGAGCUCUUGUCUUGCCAAGUCUAAAAUAUACAGUAACAAGGUGUUUCAAAACCAUCGGCUUAAAUCAUUUCUAAAAACAUUAAAAUUUGUCAUAAAUCACAUAACGUAUCAAGAGAGUUCUACAGUUUGCCAUUCGAGGCCCCAGCCUUUACGGUCUUAAUGGCCCUUUAAAAAACAUGUUCUUUUCUUAACAUGUAUGUUUUAUGCAUUUGCACUACAGCACCACUAUAUCCUAAUCAAUCAAUCAUUUGUAUGUGGUUGAUUUCAUUUGUGUAUCUCUAAGUCAUAAAAAAACUCUGCAGACAUGACACUUUGUUAUGUUAUCCAAAGCUCCUUCAUGGAGCCUCCUGUUUGAGUCAGUUUUGGCACCCUAUGUUGACCAAGUGAUACCUCACAUAUAUCUCUUUGCAGAUCUGGUCAUACAUGUGUUAAAAAAUCUCAUUCUUUGUUCUUCUGGUGUUUCAGUGAAAGGUGUUACUCACCUGCAGUAUAUCUUGUGGAAAAAAAAAAACAAAAAAACAAAAAAAAAAACUUUUCAGUCCUUUGCUUAAACACCUACCUCCGCACAACAAUACUAUGAUUACAAGAACACAAACAUACAGUGUAGACAUGGUUAAUCUUGUUGCUGGUGGUCUUGUCUGCUAUUUAGACCAUAAACUGCUGUUGACCAUUUAUAUCUCUUGGCUGCUAUUUAAAGGAGUGCAAAACUGGAUAUGGUUUUAACAAGAUAAUUUUGCUUCUGCUGUUCCAGCUCUGGACUUGUCUGGAGGGUUGAGGAUAGUCCUGGUGGGCAAGACUGGAUCAGGAAAGAGUGCAACAGGAAAUACCAUCCUUGGUAGAGCUGCAUUCAAAGAGGACCCCAGCCCUGUGUCUGUGACCAAUCACUGUGAGACACAGAGUGGGGAAGUGGACGGGACUUUGGUCCAGGUGACUGACACUCCAGGUCUGUUUGAUACAGCCAUCGCGGAGGAGGAAUUAAAAAUCAGGAUAGAGGAGUGCGUCAAGAUGUCAGUGCCCGGCCCUCAUGCCUUCUUGCUGGUGAUCAGACUCGGGGUGCGGUUCACAGAGGAGGAACGGAAUGCUGUGAAGUGGAUCCAGGAUAAUUUUGGAGAUGAUGCCUCUAUGUACACCAUCAUGUUAUUCACUUGUAAGGACCAGGCCAAAGCUGACAACGCUUUGAAAGAGUGCAAGGAGCUGCGGAGACUCUCCAUCACAUUUGGCCGGAGGUACCAUGCUUUCAACAACAAUGAUGCAGACGACCGCGUGCAGGUCAAAGAGCUGAUCACUAUGAUUAAGGAAAUGAUCCAAGAUAACGGAGGGAAACACUACACCAAUGAAAUGUAUGAAAAGGCCCAGAGGAAGCUGAGAGAGGAGGAGGAACGAAGGCAACAGGAGGAGAAAGAGAAGAAGGAGGAAGAGAGGAAAAUAUGGGACGCAGAGAGGGAGAAGCAAGAGAAAGAGAGAGAGAAGAAGAAAAAGGUUAGAAGAAAGAAUAUACGUGUGGCGUCUGCAGCUGCUGUUGUUUUGGUGUUAGGCGGGGUGGUUAUAGCUGUGGGGGCCAACACAACAGUGGCUUUAGCUCUAGGAGCUCCUGUGCUGGUCCUAGGCGUGUUUUGUGGUUUAGCUGCCAUUUGCAUAUGGAAGGGAAUCAGAUGUAAAGCCAAAAAAGGAGUUCCAGUAUAACCAGGGGAGGGCCUGUCAUGGGGACAAGGAGACCUGUCUGAACUGGACAUAUAUACAACGGACACACUGGACAUAUAUACAACAGACACAUCAAGUGUUGAAAACAAAUCUGUGAACUUUGUUGUUCGGUAUUUUCUGCAUCCUGCUUUUCUGACACAGCUUUGCAGUGAGAGUGAUAUGUGAAUUUUUAAUGCUGGCAGUAAAUCAGUGGUAUGAAAAGGAAUUAUUGUUUUCUCUUUUUGUUUUCUUUUUUACAAUUUGACAGGAUUUACAAAAUGCACAUCAAGAGUUACACUUUAAGAUAUUUAUUUGUGUGUGAAAAACUGUUUGAAUCCUGAAAAAUACUGCUGUAACUGCUCAUGGAUUUUGGACACAUUUUAGUACAUUUGAAACUCUCAUAUCUAAUGUGACAAGCAGUCGAAAAUAAACUUAAGAUGCAGACUGAUAACUGCUCUAUUUGUGCUGUUACCCUCAAUUUAUUAUUGGAAGCAUUACAGGCUCCCUUCCUGAAAGGAAGUAGAAGACAAUGGUAAACAUCUACUGGCCAAUCACAAGAGAGUCUCCAUUUACUGAGUCUUUGACGUCACAGCUAGCUAAAAGAAAUGACCAAAAGAGGCUUUAAAGUGGUGACCUGCAGGUCAGUCUGCCACUCUUACAACCAUGAAAGUUAAGCUUUCCUUAUGCACAGAUGAAGCUGAAUUACCCUAAAAAGUUGUUGGACUACAGAAAAAAACCCACAAAGCUGUGUGUUCGACACAAAUAACUACUUUUUAAAAAGUAAAGAGCUAAAAGAUAAGAAUAAAUCUUUAAAUGGCACCAUCUCUGAGGAUUAAACUGUUAAAUAGUCACAGAAAUUUCUCCUUCUUUGAAUCCGAAGCCUUUAUCAGGUUUUCUGAAACCAAUUCAAAGAAGAUGACACUUUGUGUGUGUGAGUUUUGAUGUAUCCUUUUUGAUACAUCAGGAAUGUGUGUUUUGCUCUUAACUAGUGACAUCAGUUUUUCAUACAUAAAUCAUACACAGCAUUUUUGUCCUCCUUUAAAAGUACUCCACAGCUUUUAUCACCACACAAGUAUGUACUCCAUACAUGGUCCUGGGCCAUAAAAAGACUAACAUAUAGUGGGCCCCAGCACCACAGCAUACGACAAACAACGUCACUGUUGUGUCCUCACCUUGAUUGAUUGAUUGAUUGAUUGAUUGUUUAUUUCGUGUGAAUGACAAAACAUAUACAUACAAAAAGGAUAGGUCAGAAGCCAAGGCUAAUGAGGAACCUACCCCCUUGCCACUGUGACACUUACAAUCCAUCAAGGUGUAGAGACAACCUCAAAAACAAUACCAGAAGAUAAUACAGAGACAAUUUGAGACAUGAUUAGAUAGAUAUAGGUGAGCAAACAUGAUUGAGUGAAACAGAUCACACAGCGAAAAUGGGUUGCUGUACAUCAUUUGUACCUAAUAACAUAAAAGAAAAACAAAACAAAACAAAAACAAAACAAAAACAUAAACAAAUAAAUGUAAAAUAAAUAUUGAGAAAAAUAUCACCAAUGUUUAUAUUGAUUUGGAAUACACAACAUUUACUUGCAAAUAUUUGCGUAAUCAUUUUUCAAAUCAAGAACACAUAAAGCCUUAAGACUAAAUGACUGUAUCAGAACUGUCAUACUCAGAAAUACAAAACCUUCAAAGACCUUUAACCUGCACUUAUGCAUCCAAGGUCUGUCCAUAUCCUUUAAGUUUAAAUUUUAUAAACAUUUUUUUUUAAAUGAUAAAUGUUUUUGCUUCAUUACACAAACGCCUCAUUAAAAGCUUUGAAUAACUUUAACUUGGAGUUACACUCUGAACAUUUAGGUUAAAUAAUCACAUAGAGGGACAGAUUGAUGUCUGCUCAGGUAUUUGAAUAAAAAAAUGAAUAGGCAAUAAUAAAUUCUUGACAUUAUUAGUGACUGUAAUCUCUUUGUUUUCAAGGCAGCAGGAGUUUAAAAGUUGAUGUAUCAUCCAUAACAUCAUAUGAACCAACAGAUUGUAAUGAGUCUGUUGAUGUUAAUCAUGUGUGGCUGUAUCACAGGGAAAAGCUUGAAAUGAUUCCCCAAAGUUAAGAUCUCAUGAGAUUGAGCCUAUGAUGCUGAUUGAUCUAUAAAUAUGAAAAGCAUAAAACAUCCAAGCCACAUUGCAUGAAUCUAAAUUACUAAAAUUACUGAUAAUAAACCAAUCUUAAAGUUUUUUUGAAGUACUUAAGCAUGAUUUUGAAUAGAGGGCUCAGUUUUUCAAUACAAUAAACACAAUUAGUACAACAAUACAUGCAAUUAGCACAACACAUCAGAUCCUUUGUAAAAUAAAACACUCUUGUAAAAACUACACACUACUUUAAAAAAAUGAUAUUUUGUUGCCAUAUGAAAACACACACGUUUCAUAUGACUUUCAUAAAUUCACCAAAUACAACACAAGACUAUUGCUGCAGGAUGAUGAAAUAUAAUUUAUUUCUCUCUAUAUGCCUAAAUCAGUCAAAAUUUCAACAAAAGAUAUCCAUGUUACAACAGUAGUGUGCAGAACACUAAAAGGAUAAAAUUACAAACAAAAAAUAAUUACCAUAAAAAAUAUGGAGAGGAAAAAAACUGACGAAAAAAUAGAAGAAAACCCUGCAGGGAAAUAUUAGGGAUUAUCUCUUCACCAAGCUGGAUCACAUCACAGGCGAUAUCUUCAUUAGCAAGACAACAAGGGAACAACCGCUGUGCAUGUCGAAUCCAUCUUUGAAUGGCUAUGGCGUCAAUUUGGUCACAGGCCUCAACCAUGGUCUGAAUGAGGGGCACCUGCCUUUUUGUAGUGCUUGAACCUGAUUAGUGUGUCUACGAUAAAGCAAUCAUGUGUUGGUGCAUCUGGGUGUUGUGUUUUGGCUAAUGAAUGUGGUCAUUGGAAAGUCAGUGGAAUUUGCAAGGAAGUGACAUCAUGACAUGCAUCUGUGUCUAAUGUAUACAAGUGUGUUUAGUGUUUUGCAAUUCACUGUGUGCAGUGGUUUGCAAAAAGUGUUAACCUGACAGUGUGCUUAUAGUUGUGCUAAUCUGGUCUGGUGUUUUGCUUCUUGAGUGUAAGGUUUUGAUAAUUGUGUAAGACCUUUGAUUUUAGUGUUUAUGCAAUCCAAAAAUAAUAAUAAUAAAAAAAAUGGUAAUUGUGAGUUGUGCUCCUUUUUUAUUAUUGAAGAAACUACUGUCACAAUCUGGCUCAAAUGUGUGUGACAAAGAGACCACAUAUGGUUGCAAAAUUAACAAAAUAAAGUAAAUAAGUUUCACAAAAAUAUGUAACUAUGGUUGUCAGCGUGCCUGCAGUGUUGGAUGUGUGUGAGGGUAUGUGUGUGAGUCAGCAAAGCAAAGUUACAAAACAAAGAAGCCGUCUGCAGGCCAUGGAGAGAGAUAGUGAACUCCUUGAGAUGGGCUGCUUUAUAGCCUCCUGAUUCCAGCCUGCUCAGGUGUGCUGCAGUGACUGUAAGCUCCUCCCCCAAUACCUGCAACACAGAACUCAGCCAGCAAGGAGGAAGGUUUAAAACAAGGAUAAGGCCUCUACCUAGGCUAUCACUACAUAAAAUCAUUUCCCCUCACCUUUCCACCCCUCUUCCUUCUCAUGAUAAUCUGAUUUUGCUUUGUUAGGGGGAUGUCAUGGCAUUGCUGCAUCAGUUACUUGGCUCUCUUUUCUGUAAUCAGAUCAAUUCUGCAGAGUUUUGUGGGGUGGAAAUUUUGUGCAUUUACUUUAAGACCUCAGAAUGAGAUCCUCGUGUCUUGUUAACCAUGGCAGCUGUCAUUUUCCAUUCAGCACUAAAGAACAUAGAAAAGGUUAUUCAUUUUACAUUGAAGGGCAAUGUUUUGUCAUGGAAAAAAAUGCAAAAAAAGAAUUUUAAGCAAGAUCUGGUAAGUCUUCCCUUACUGUGAAACAAGUUGUGUACAACCCAAAACUCAAAUCACAGGACCAUGCACAGUCAACGUUUACUGCUUCUGUCCCUGUGGGGACUCCUGUAGCUGUUUCCCUGAAGUUACUCUUAAUGCAACAGCUAGACUAACCAGAUGCCUAUCAUGUUACAGGUAAUACACUCUGACCGACAUGAGAACAGGAUAAGUCAGUCUUUCCUGGCAACAGAAAGCAACUUGGAAAGGCAAACAGUUCUGUUUUCAUUUUUCCCUCUCACUAACAAACAAAGUGUUCUCUUAAGGUUUCGUUUUAUAAGUUAUGUGCUUACAGCUGUAAUUCAAGGUUGAGGGACUCCAUCUUCAAAAAAGUAACCACAGUAACUAGACCCCGUUCAGUUUUGUGUCAAUAUGAAUUCAACUAUGAAGUUCUCCAUGAUCUCAGACAGGUAACAGUGUCCAGGCUCCAUAGUUUUUGCUGUAGUUUUCAUAUCAGUAAUACAAACUUUUAUUUAAAAAAAUAAAAACAGGAAAAAAACCUUUCAUUUUUUUUUUAUUUAGCUUUUACAAGUCAAUCAAACAGCAGUGUUACACUCAUUAAAACAGGAUGAUUGUUAACAGCAUCAGCAGUUUAAAGGGUUGCCAUUGUGGGCAAAAAAUGGGCAUGCUGUGACUAACAUGAAUGUGCAUCAAUAAAUCCCAAGACUUCAUUUCUUUUUGAAAAUGCUGACAUGACUUCACUCUUCCCCUUUUUUAACGUCUCAUCCAGUUUGCAAUUGCAUGUGUAAUGACUCCACCAGCAGCCAUUAAAGCUGCCCUUACAGCUUCUUCCUCUGCAACUGCAGCAACUCCUACAGCAGGAAAAGCUGCUGUUGCUGCUGCUGCUCCUAACAGACCUGUACCAACACUGGCAGCAUAUUGUCCACACUUCUUCCACCUCUUUUCUGACUCCAUCUUUCUCUGGGCCUCUUCAUAAAGGCUGCUGGUGUAAUGCGUACCAUUUAACUGUACUAUCUCAUCUAUCUUUUCUAACAGAUCAUUCACCUGAGUGCGAUUAUCCAAGCAUGUGUUGUCAAACACGGUGUACUUGGUAUUACAGGUCCUGAUGAGCUCCCUGAGCUCAGGGCUUUGAUUUAAAAACGUCUCAAUAGACGUCCGCUCAAGCGCAUCUGCCCUGGUGAAAAGCACCAGUGUGUACUUUGAGGCUUCCUCUCCAAAGUUGUCCUUGAUCCACUUGACAGCUGUCUUCUCCUCUCCUGUGAACCGCACACCCAGACUGAUCACCAGCAGGAACACAUGGGGUCCUGGGACAGACAAACAGAUACAAUUCUCUAUUUCUGUCUUCAGUUCAGCAUCUGUAGUGGACGUGUCAAAGAUUCCAGGGGUGUCGAUGAUGCUGAUAGUUCUGUCAUCAUGUUGGGAGGUGACUCUUUUACAAGUUUUUGUCACAGAAGAUGGUGAACAAAUUGCUUCAAAAACCAUCUCCCCCGUGAUGGUAUUCCCUGCUGAACUCUUCCCUGAUCCGGUUUUUCCUAGCAGAACAAUCCUCAGGUCCUGGACAACAGGAGAGCUGGACGCUGCAAACAAAAAAGCAGUUUAACUGUUUGAAUUCAAUGAGUUGCAAAUCACUUAAAAUUAUAUGUGUACAAACCAAGAUUUGUUAGAAUACUAUAAAUAAAGACACUCACCUGCCUGUGAACUUAGAGACAUCUUGUAGAAAAGGGAAAUACCAGGAAAGCUGACUUAUACUAAGAGCUUUCAAGCAAACAAUCUGAACUUUCUCCUUCAGUUCAGCUAUUAUACAGGGUUGGUUUGCUCACCUCCCACCUUCUUUAAUUAUCUGCCUUACUUCCUCCUCCAAGUGUUUCCACUAAAGUGAAACUUAAGGCUCCAAACAUUUAUACCAAUUGUCAUCAAAUAAAAGGUUUGUUUGUUGUCAGGAACACAGAGCUACACAAGGAAGUGAAGUUAUAGUCCCUCUCCUGUUGCAGUCUGAGAUACUGUGGAAAUAUAAAAGAGCAGGAACUUGAUCAAAAUCUUCAAGAUGUUUCAGCUCUCAUGUGAAAGGCUUCUUUAGCUUGGUUCUACAGGGGCUGCUAAGAGCAAAAGCACCUGGCUAAAUGAAGUCUGUGCAAAGUAAACAAAAAUAAAUACAUCAAUUAACUAAAGUUUUUACUUUUGUUGAAUAAGAAAAUUGGAACAGGCCACAGGAGUGAGUUAAGAACCCAAAUGCGUUUUCUGUCCAUAGAAAUUCAAAUUAAACCAUUAAAAUAACGCCACACAUUGAAUACCAUUGGAGGAGAGCAUUAUAACAGUUUGUGGUACAUUUGUACAUACUUCUAGGAAUAAGAGUAAUGAGAGAAGAGCUUCCACAUUAAUCUUUGGGAGAUGAGUUGUGCUGACAGGGAUUAUCUUCUAUGUCUUACAAUGGAUGCAAAAAGCUGUAAAUACAGAAUAUACAAACAAAAAUAAGAACAGAGUUGGCUUAAGAAACUUCUUUACAGAAAACAAAGUCAUUGACAGAAAACUCUCCCCUAACAGCCUUUUAAUGUCAGGAAUCUCAUCAGACAACUUUUCAUUUACACACCCCACAACACACGAUACGCUAACUGUAGUUUAACCUCUACCUCUAGCUUUGGUAUGAGACCAGUGUGGAAAAAGUGGUAGUAGAGUGCCAUCUAGUGGCUCUACAAGGAAACUUCUAUUUAGCCGUUCAGACUGUGUUGAUACUACAGUUUUUUACAAUUGUCCUAUCACAAAUUCCAAUACCUCUGACACGUUUCAAAAACUCUUCACCGGUUUGCACCGGUGGCCUAUACAAUUAAAACAUUUCUCGUUUGUUUGACACAAAGUGAGUACAGUGGACACAUUUACAAAAUGUUUUUAACUUCUUAAACAAACAAGCUCUACCAAGGACAAAACAAUUGACUUAAACCCACAAAUUUACAAAAGCUUUCACACAGUAUGUCAGAACAGAUAACUUCCUGUUCUAAAUGUAACCAACAGGCUAAAGUUGAAGUGAGAAGCAGUUCACUUUAUAGAUUCAAAGACAGUAAAUCAUCUCUUGUUUUUUCUUAUUGUCAUUGAAAAGCAGCUGAUGUAAAUUAGUCAACUAACUGAAGUCAAAGCAGCUCAGUACAAUCACAGCUAAUACAUGUAAAGUUUGGUGUGGGGUGUCGGUUUGGGUCUGAAGAAACAAGAUAAUAGAGAAUGGCAGAACGAAGAAGAGUUGGUGGAGGGAGAGGAGUUAGUCCAGUGUGAUGUUGAUGAGGCCAUGUGGCCCAAUGCAGAAGACCGGGCAGAUUAGGGUCUUUUUCCCUUACAAUAGUAUUUUUAUUUUUUUAUACUACAUAUUUCUUCUGCACAUUUUUCUGUUGGUAUCCACGCUGAUUCUUUUUUCUUGCAGGCUUGCAGAAUUUCUGACAUGUAUAAAGCCUUUGAAAUCUAACUGCUGCAUGCAAAAAAUAAAUAAAUAAGUAAAAUAAACGACAUACCUGUAAGAGUUUCAUAAGAAACAGCACUCCAAAAAAUUUUACAAAAAAAUACACCUGAAACAUAAUGCAGUUUCUGUAAAACCAAUUGGUGUUAGUGUUUUUGAUGACAGUGUCAUAUGACGACUACAGGUUUGUGAUGGAAGAGAAUUGGUGUUGUUGUUUGGUUGAUCUGGUGUAUUGUGUUGGUGUAUUCUUGCAUUUUGAAAACUAGUGUAGGUGUUUAGUUUACAGUGUGAGCUUUUGAAAAUGAAGUUAGCUGUUUUGUCAGUUGUGAGUUAUUGGUGUGUUGGUGUGUAAGCAGUUUUGUAAAUGUGUCAGAAGUAUUGGAGUCUGUAUUAGGCCGAUUGUAAAAAACUGUAAUAUAGCCAGUCAAGUGACAACACUGUUGAGUCUACUUCCUGUUUUUGGUAGAUUUCCACUUAACCCUCACAUACUGUUCGGGUCAAAUUUGACCCAUUUUGACCUUUAACAGCAGUAAAAAUACCCUAAACAUCGUUUUUUAAGCCUGAAACUUGAUGACUUUUCCUGAAAUAAUCCAAAAUACAUGAAAUUCAUUUAAAAAUAUUCAUGUGUAUUUUUGUUUAUGUGCUAUAAAUAUUUCCCCUCUAAGGCUGUUACGGGUCAAAUUUGACCCGUAUCUAUAUUUAGAUGGAUUUUAGAUCUAGCAGUGUGGGACAAGUGACAAACAGUCACAACAGUGUUCAAUAUAAGGUUUGUUGUUCAAAAAGAUAUAUUCAAAUCAUUAUGAAACUAUCAUUACCUUGACAGAAAUACACACACACACACACACACACACACACGCACACAGACAUACAGUAACACAGACACACCUAGACAGAGGUCAAAAUGACCUAACUAGUCAAGAGAACUUUCUGUGACAGAAAGCUGCUCUUUGAACUCUUUGAAGGGGCAAUUUUGACCCGGAACAUACUGUGAGGGUACAGGAUUGGAAUAGUAUGUGAGGGUUUAAUAUAACAGGCAGCUUGUUUCAUGUUGUACUUGUCAGGAUCAGAUCUCUAUUUACUGCCACUGAAUACUGGAUUUCGGUUUUUGAAGUGUUCAGGUUCAGUUUGUUUUCGGGAAACUUGCAGGAAAUCACUCCAAGAGGAGGAGGAGGACACAGUCUGCAGUUAUACAGUGCUGGAACUCCUCAGUGAUCGUUUCAUAACAAACCAGUUUUGAUUCAUUCAAUUCAAUUCAACUUUGUGUGCUUCACAACAGGUAAACAUAGUUAAAGUAAAAACAGUUCUAUAAAAAUCAAUUAGAAAUUAAUUUAUGAGUGCAAGUAAACGAUUAUAUGCAUGCCAUCUUCACUGCAUACACACUUAAACUCAUACAUUUGCACACACUCACACAACCACACAUGGACGCACACACACACACACACACACACGCACGCACGCAUGCACGCACACACACACACACACACAGUAAGUUGCGUAGGUCGAGUAAGUUACCACUGCCUGUUGACCGCGGUGUUCUUGCUGGGGUGUAGGUGAUGAGCAUAUCUGUGAUGUACUGAGGUGCAAGAUCAUGUAUUGUUUUGUAAACCAGGAGCAGUAUUCUGAAAUCAAUUCUUUUUCUCUACACCAAUGAGAUGUACGAAAAGGCCCAGAGGAAGCUGAGAGAGGAGGAGGAACGCAGGCAACAGGAGGAGGAAGAGAAGAAGAAUGAAAAGAGGAAAAUAUUGGACGCAGAGAGGGAGAAACAAGAGAAAGAGAGAGAGAAGAAGAAAGAGAUUAGAAGAAAGAAAAUACGUGUGGCAUCUGCAGCUGCUGUUGUUUUGGUGUUAGGCGGGGUGGUUAUAGCUGUGGGGGCCAACACAACAGUGGCUUUAGCUCUAGGAGCUCCUGUGCUGGUCCUAGACGUGUUUUGUGGUUUAGCGGCAGAAAUAUCUCCUUCUUUGAAUCCGAAGCUUUUAUCAGGUUUUCUGAAACCAAUUUAAAGAAGAUGACACUUUGUGUGUGUGAGUUUUGAUGUAUCCUUUUUGAUACAUCAGGAAUGUCUGUUUAGCUCUUAACUAGUGACAUCAGUUUUUCAUACAUAAAUCAUACACAGCAUUUUUGUCCUCCUUUAAAAGUACUCCACAGCUUUUAUCACCACACAAGUAUGUACUCCAUACAUGGUCCUGGGCCAUAAAAAGACGAACAUAUAGUGGGCCCCAGCACCACAGCAUAUGACAAACAAUGUCACUGUUGUGUCCUCACCUUCGUUACACAAUCGCCCCAUUAAAAGCUUUGAAUAACUUUAACUUGGAGUUACACUCUGAACAUUUAGGUUAAAUAAUCACAAAGAGGGACAGAUUGAUGUCUGCUCAGGUAUUUGAAUAAAAAAAUGAACAGGCAAUAAUAAAUUCUUGACAUUAUUAGUGACUGUAAUCUCUUUGUUUUCAAGGCAGCAGCAGGAGUUUAAAAGUUGAUGUAUCAUCCAUAACGUCAUAUGAACCAACAGAUUGUAAUGAGUCUGUUGAUGUUAAUUAUGUGUGGCUGUAUCACAGGGAAAAGCUUGAAAUGAUUCCCCAAAGUUAAGAUCUCAUGAGAUUGAACCUAUGAUGCUGAUUGAUCUAUAAAUAUGAAAAGCAUAAAACAUCCAAGCCACAUUGCAUGAAUCUAAAUUACUGAAAUUACUGAUAAUAAACCAAUCUUAAAGUUUUUUUGAAGUACUUAAGCAUGAUUUUGAAUAGAGGGCUCAGUUUUUCAAUACAAUAAACACAAUUAAUACAACAAUACAUGCAAUUAGCACAACACAUCAGAUCCUUUGUAAAAUAAAACACUCUUGUAAAAACUACACACUACUUUAAAAAAAUGAUAUGUUGUUGCCAUAUGAAAACACACACGUUUCAUAUGACUUAAUUCUGUCUGAACCAGUUACACACUGCUGUGUUAACCAAAAACACUUUUACCAAUUCUACUUCUCAGGGAUUUGAGUAAUGUAAGUUAAUUACACAAAGAAAGUGCAAAUAUACAAUACAGAAAAUUCACCAAAUACAACACAAGACGGAUGCUGCAGGAUGAUGAAAUAUAAUUUAUUUCUCUCUAUAUGCCUAAAUCAGUCAAAAUUUCAACAAAAGAUGUCCAUGUUACAACAGUAGUGUGCAUAACACUAAAAGGAUAAAAUAACAAACAAAAAAAAAUACCAUAAAAAAAUGUGGAGAGGAAAAAAAAAACUGACAAAAAAUAGAAGAAAACCCUGCAGGGAAAUAUUAGGGAUUAUCUCUUCACCAAGCUGGAUCAGGUCAGAGAAUUUCACUGACAUCACAGGCGAUAUCUUCAUUAGCAAGACAACAAGGGAACAACCGCUGUGCAUGUUGAAUCCAUCCUUGAAUGGCUGUGGCGUCAAUUUGGUCACAGGCCUCAACCAUGGUCUGAAUGAGGGGCACCUGCCUUUUUGUAGUGCUUGAACCUGAUUAGUGUGUCUAUGAUUAAGCAAUCAUGUGUUGGUGCAUCUGAGUGUUGUGUUUUGGAUAAUGAGUGUGGUCAUUGGAAAGUCAGUG